AUCCGACCCCCGUACUCGAUGGACAAGAUGAUGGAGAAGGCGAUACACCAGGAGGUGAUAAACUUCUGGAAGUUCGCUUCUGGUGAGACUCAUAAAUAUUACGAUUUCGGGUCUGUCCGUGACCCGGACAACUGGGUCAUUCGUUGGUCCCUCUGGCAUGUCUUCCGUUACGGUAGUAGCAACAAGAGACGU